AUGAAGUCUAACGCCCCCGAGGGGUACCGCAUCAGAGGGAAGUUACUUGGCGUGCACUCAUGGGGGAGUUGCAGCAGUCAAGUGACCUAUGGUGGUAACGACGGAGACGUGGAUGAUGGUGACGAGGACGACGGCGACGACGACGGUGAUGAUGAUUUUGUUGCUGACGAUGAUGAUGGUGAUGAUGAUGAUGAUGAUGAUGAUGGUGGUGGUGGUGGUGGUGGUGGUGGUGGUGGUGGUGGUGGUGGUCGUCGUCGUCGUCGUCGUCGUCGUCGUGGCCGUGUUAGUCGCGUUAAUGCUUCUGCCGCUGCUGGCGCCAGUUGUGAUAUGGUCUUCAAGAGUUCUCCUUAA